UAGGGUUUACGAAUCACUCUGAGCAAACCCAAUCGGGAAAAUGGCUUCAAAAUCGCUUCUGAGAAAUGGUGCUGCAUUGUUGAAUCGAUUAUCACUAUCAAAUUCAAAAUCACUUAUUAAUUACAAUAAUCCUCAACCUUAUCUUUUCCCAUCCAUAUCCAAGCUCCAGAAUUUUCCUCAAGACGACGCUGAAUCAGUGAAGAAGCUUCUUUGCUCUGAUGGGUUUCUCUACCCUUGUGGCCUCCCUUCUCUUCGCUUCUUCUUACCCGAUGGGGAUUCUUCAUCAGAUGAACCAAUGAUUUUAUUCCCAAAAAGGACAUUUCAACCUAGCACUAUCCGGCGGAAGAGGAAUCAUGGGUUUUUUGCUCGGAAGGCAACCAGGGGUGGCAGAAGGGUAAUUGCUCGAAGAGUAGCAAAGGGUCGGUUUAGGAUCACAGCUUAGUUUAUUGACUUCAGAGGUAACGAUUCGACGUAGCCACUUUUGUUCAUUUCAUGAUAAGACUAGGUGGAAUAGAGAAAAAGAGGGUUCUGAGAAAAGUCUGCUAUGACCGUAUUUGCAUGCAAGUAUUGUGUAUGGGAUAUGGAUGUUAUGAUUCCGUUUGUUGCCUUUUUGGCGUUGCCGUCAACUGCAAUAAUAUGUAACUCUUACUGUUUUAUGUCCAAGACUGCUUAAUGAUAUAGGGUGUGAUUGAUUUACUAAGUUUGAAGUGGAGAGAAUGGAAUUUCUUUGUUUAAGCCAUGUCCAAUGUUAGUUCUUAUAUAUUAGUAGUUUUAUUAGAGGUAAGAACUGGUUCAUACAA